AAAAAUUAAUGAAACAACAAAAUGUCUUCAAAGUUUUUGAUUCAAACAUAUUUUAAUCAUCGAUUCUUGAUUGCACAACAUAAUUAUCGUUCAUUAUGUAUAAUGAUCGUUUAUUGUAUUCUAUUAAUCAUAUUAUCAUCAUCAAUGUUUAUUGAACAAGCUGAUGCAUUUAUAUUUUGGAAAGCCAAAACAACAGCAUGCGAUAUAUGUGAUGGUGUUGAUACGUAUUCCGGUCGUAAUGUUAUGUGCUGUUUUCUAUCAUCUAAAUGUUGUGGUUAUAAUAAUAUUGAUGAUCUCGAAUCGGCCCGUAUCAACAUGACUACAGCAACAACAACGUGAAUGUCAAUUAGGAAUAUAGAAUUUUGAAUUCAUCAUAAAAUGACCAACACACAACACAACGAAUGUUACCGUUUUUUGCCAUUGAAAAUUAGUUUUUUUCUCUACAUUUUCUCUCAAAAAUUAGUAAACAACUACGACAAUUUAACUGAUGAUUAAUUUAUUAUUCGAAUUUAGUGGAUUUUUCACUUGUUUAUUGGUACUUUUUUUUCACCUACUACGCAGGUGUAUGCGUGAAUUUUUUAUUUGUUUGUUUCUGUUUACCCAUUCAUC